UUUCCGGCGACAUUCAAACUGUCGGGUUUAUUUAUUCACGGGGUAUUUGAGAUCACUGAACAUUUAACGCAGUCUACUGGUGAAUUACUUUAGAACAUAACUGUGCUGAAAAGUAGCUUGAGUUAUAUAAGUAUACAAGAUGUUUUUUUUUAACCCUUACCCAGUUCGAUUGGUCGUUAUGUGGUAUUUAACUCGCAGAGUAUGGCUAAGGAUUUAAGAAAGACGAAAAAUAAAUACAUAUGUCGUAAUAACAGUUUUUAAUUAUAGGUACGGUAUAAAUGGGUAUUACGGCAAUAUAAGUUUUUUUUGUUACUCUCUUUAGUAAUAUUUAAUCUUCGCGGAAAGAAUUUACUCCCCCUCCCCCCUACACACAAGUGUAUAUAAAACCAUUUUCACCGCGUGGACGACUAUGAGUCAAGACUAAAGAUUUGUUUCGUUGACUUGUCAGUGAUUACAGUUUCGGAUAUUGUGUGGAUUGCUUUCGUGGAUUAUAUCUCUAAAAUCUAAUUCCAUGUGCAUCGAAACUAGCUGACAAUGUCCGGAAAGUUCUCAGCAGCCCUGCUCUUCGCCGUCUUGGUAGUGAGCGUUGGCAUCAUCAACUGCAGUCCUGCUAUUGCGUCCGGUUUCGACCCUCUGGAAGUGUGCAUAGAAAACUGCGCGCAAUGCAAGAAGAUGCUGGGUGAUUGGUUCCAGGGCCCGCUCUGCGCGGAGACGUGCAUCAAGCUCAGAGGAAAAGUCAUCCCGGAGUGCGAGAACUUCGCUUCCAUAUCGCCUUUUAUUGUCAACAAAUUUUAACAUGAUUGAUCAUAGUCGAAUGCACGAUACAAAACAGAUAAUUUUUUAGACACUGAAGAAUGGGCUGCUGAGUUUAGACUUAUAUUUUUCAACUUCAGUUGCAACUGUUGAUAUUAUUGGGAGGUGCAGAAGCUAGAUACAUAAAUAUCUUGCCGGUAGCGAUAGCGAUAAAUGAAUCCUGUACUAGUUACGCAAGCUAAAAAUAAAUAUAUCAGUUCAGUAUGUAUAAAAUAUACAUAAUGUAACUAAUUUUAUUCAGAUAUUAAGUUAAUUUUGAACAAAGCUAAGCAAUUUAGGUCAGUUCAGUAAGUAUACAUGAACAUAAUGAAACUGAUUCAAAUUUAAUGUUGAUAAAUUUUCCGGUGUGUUAGCUGAAAUCUGGUAUACUAGGAGUUAUUUCGGUGACAAUGCAUCUGUAUGCUCUAAUAUGCUAUUAAAGAACUGGUCUAAUAAUGAAAUCACCUAUCAGGAAAAAAAUGUUCUUAGUAAAAUAAGCAACUGUCGGCAAAGUCUUAAUCUGUCUCAUACAAAAAAAAAAUUUCACCACACCAUCUCAUAAAGACUCUCUUUAUUCUUCAAAAACUAUGAGAAAUUUGCAAAAUAAUAUUCGAAUUUUGAGUUGUUUCGUCAUGUUUGCUGGUAAAAUUGACUUUAGUGAUGAUUUUGAAUGUAAUGAAUUUAAAUAUUUAUAGUAACGCUAAUAAUUAAAACUAUGAAGCGUUCAUUAGGAUUUGAUUUUGCAAUGUUUUAGUAGAUUUGAUAUUUGUAAUAUUUUUCUCGCGUUUGGUGUGAUGAAAAAUGUUGUUUCUCUCGGUGGGGAAGUUUUCCCUCGCAACGCUCAAGUUUCUCGUUUUCAAACCACUCGCUAUGCUUGUGAAUCUUUCGCUAGCACGGGUAUCAAUAUUAGUACGAGAGGUUUAACAAUAACUUUGCUUCCUUGUAAAACAAAUAACUAUUGUACACGUUAAAUUCAUUUAUUUAAUCAAUACUUACGUGCUAGUUAACUAUUCAAAUCUGUGAAACGGUAUUUUUUUGUAUUUUUCCCUUGGUGACUCUUUAAACUUUCAAACUUACCUAACUUGGACUGCUCUCUUUAUAAAUAUGAAAGGGGUAGGAGGAACACAAACAUUACGCAUUAUAAAAAGUCCAAUCAAACUUAACGCAGAAAAUUAGGCGGCCCUCACAAAAAU